AUGAUCUCACGGGUGGCAUUACUUUUAAUUUACUUUGAUGAAGAAUUUCCGCAUCUCUGUUUGGAGACGUUGGACACCGGCGAUGACGGCGAAUGCAGUUCCGGAUCGCAGGACAACAUCGAGUACGUGCGCCGGAAACGCCGGUUGCGCCGGAAGCAGAACAAGCUCCCGUGGUCUGUGGUCAACCCGGACGAGAACUUCUACUUCAACUGGCUAAUGGUGUUGACGGGCUGCACGCUGUACAACCUGUGGACGGCCAUCGUCCGGCAGAGCCUGCCCGAGCUGCAGAGCAUGGCCUCCCCGUGGUGGUCGGCCAUGGACGCGUUCAGCGACAUCGUGUUCCUGCUGGACGUGGCCGUCCAGUUCCGCACCGGAUACCUGGAACAGGGCCUGAUGGUGUACAAUACCAGCAAGCUGGCCGGCCACUACAUUCGGUCUCGUUCGUUCAUGUUCGAUCUCAUAGCACUCACGCCACUGGAUCUGAUACAGCUAAAGAUCGGCGUGCACCCCAUACUCCGGUUCCCCAGAUUCAUCAAGGUGUACAGGGUGUACGACUAUUACUACAUGGUGGAAUCGAGGACGGUCUACCCGAACUUUUGGAGAGUGAUCAAUCUGAUUCACAUUUUAUUGAUACUAGCCCAUUGGUUCGGCUGUUUCUAUUAUCUGCUAUCUGAAGCUGAAGGAUUCAAAGGCGAUUGGGUGUACCCGUACAAGCCGGGUGACUAUGCCACGUUGACUAGAAAAUAUUUGGGAUCGUUGUACUGGUCAACUCUGACCCUGACCACAAUCGGCGAUCUACCCACACCAGAAACUAAUGCUGAGUACGUUUUCACCAUCGUCAGCUACUUGAUCGGAGUGUUCAUAUUCGCCACCAUCGUCGGGCAGGUGGGCAACGUGAUAACGAACAGAAACGCAAACCGAUUGGAGUUUGAACGGCUGUUGGACGGCGCCAAGCUGUACAUGCGACAUCACAAGGUGCCGAGCGGCAUGAAAAAAAGAGUGCUGAGAUGGUACGACUACUCGUGGUCCAGGGGACGUAUUCAAGGAGGCGGCGAUAUAAACACGGCGCUGGGUCUUCUUCCGGACAAAUUGAAAACCGAACUGGCGUUGCACGUCAAUCUGGCGGUUUUGAAAAAAGUUACAAUAUUUCAAGAAUGCCAACCGGAGUUUCUACACGAUUUAGUUCUCAAAAUGAAAGCUUACAUAUUUACACCUGGGGAUUUAAUAUGUCGAAAAGGAGAAGUUGCCAGAGAGAUGUUCAUCAUAGCAGACGGAAUUUUAGAAGUUAUCAGUAGUGAAACUGGACAUGUUCUGACGAUAAUGAAAGCUGGUGAUUUCUUUGGAGAAAUAGGAAUUCUCAACUUGGACGGAUUUAAUAAGAGAACUGCUGAUGUUCGGUCAGUUGGAUAUUCAGAGUUAUUCAGUUUAUCUCGUGAAGACGUUCUUGCCGCCAUGAAAGACUACCCUGAAGCACAAGAUAUUCUUCAAACACUUGGCAGAAAGCGUCUGAUGGAAGCAAAGAACGCAAAUAAGAUUGUUGCGGAUCGGAUAAAAUCUCGGGCUGAAGCUGCAGAAAACUGUACUGGAAUCGUGGAUAAAAUUCGUUGUGAUGUCAAAGGACUUCGAAAUGCAUUUUCAAAAGGGCGCCGUGGAACUAGAGCUGUAGUUGAAGAGAGCAUGGAGUUACAACCGUUAACCAGUAGUGGUCGCAAAUCAGAAAAUAACAGUAGUAAAAGUAUUUUAAGAAGAAUGCCCCGGGUAUGGAGCGAUGAGUUAGCUUCAGGAACGGAUCACAGUGAUGAAGAUCCAAGGCCGAUAUCACCGGGUAUUCCAAUACUAAAUAAAGCGAAAUCGGAUAAAGAACCCCGUGCUAAUGAGUCGUCUAAGAAGUGUUUACUAUCACCACCACCUGCUGUGUUAGAAACUGGUCGGAAAGAAACGACGAAUCAAGAAGUAAUCGGCGCCGGGCUUCCGUUAUUACAGAGGCUAUUGAUCCUCAAACAAAAAAAUGAACAAGAAGGGAUGACGCAAAGUAAACCGAAGAAGGUCGAUCUAGAAGUGUCUGAAAGUACACCUAAGGUAAAACCGAACGUGAAAUUAAAAACUCCGAAAAAAGAAAACACGAAAAGCAUAAGCCUAAAGCAACGACUGUCAGAGGUACACACCAGACAGCGGAAACCGACGGCGAAUACGAAAUUGUGGACGCUUUUGAAAAAAGCGACGGUGCUUACGCCGAAAGCCAAGUUGCAAGACUUAAAAGCCGAUAGUGAGGUCCCACGCGACACGUCGUCUCUUCAAUCACACUUGAAACCCACUACCGAUGUUUCACAUAUAAACAGCGGUAGCUGCGAACACAAGUUUAUUGUAAUGUGCCAAAAAUUAGAUGACCAAUACAAGCAGGGCUCAUUGAUUGCUCAAAACAUAUCGGCUCACAAUAGUUUAACCAAUAAAUGUACUGAAAAUAAUAUUAAUAAGGAAAAAUGUGAUAUUAGAAUAGUGCAUAGGCCAAAAGUGUUGCAUUUAGACGGCACGAAAAGAUGUUAUGACUCGAUCAACGAUCUAUCACCCGAGUAUUCCGGUUUGUCGUUCGUGAAGAAAUUGAAAAUACUGAACGAACGGCAAAAGCUGGCGGAACUGGAAGAGAAGGCGUUCUUGAGAAGUUCCAGCCUGGACUCGUCCGGAUGCAGGGCUUUGGACGUUUCGUAUGGCAACCAGUUGACACGGAGUCAUUCGGAAGCGGUCGCCCUGGAGGUGGUACUGAGAAACCAAAAUUCGCGCAAACAAGAAUCGUUGCGAUGCAGCACUACACCGGUAGACGAGUGUAACGAAACGGCUGAGAGGAUACGGCUUAAAAAUAUACUUAAAAAGUUAUCAUCAAGCUGUUUCGGCAACGACAGAGCGAACCAGUUGAUGACUUCGCAGACCAUAGAAGGAUACGCUGCCAGACACUCAAAAUUGACUAGAAACAACGUUACGUUCAACCAACGCCGCACAAUAGAAUCAUCGCCAGAUUCUUGUAGCUCCUUAUUUGUGUUUCCCGACAGCAUAACCCCGCAGUGUAAAAACCCUGAUCUUAUACCAAUAGAUUUGUCUCAUAAGACUGACUUGCUAGAGUCUUCCCAAAGAACUUCAAAGCAUACAAAACUGUCCAAACGAAUGUCUACCAACACUGCAGUGCAGUGCAUAUCUAGUCGGCCGGAUAUUCGACAAAACUGUUACGACGAAAUAUUGAAUGGCGUAAAAACAAUAGUCGAAAAAUGUCUGAACGAUAUUGAAGGAAAAUAUCGAGAUAAAAUAGAUGAACUCGAAUCUGAAAUUAAUAAACGUGAUUAUACAAUAAGCACACUAUGUGAACAAUUCAAUCAGAAACUUUGUGAUCAACCCGUCGACGAAGGAAAAUUAGGAUCAUUACUUGAUAAUUAUUCAAAAAAUAUAGAAGAAGACGAAGAAAAUCCAUUUAUAAGAAAUGAUUCUGUGGAUACAGUCAUGUAUCCAAAGGUAUCUUCGUUCAACAGUUUGUCCCCAUUCGGUCUGGAUGACCCGAGGUGUUACAACCCAAAUUCCCGUAGCCCAGCGUUGUUCUCGAGUAAGUCUUGGGAAGACCGGUCGGAAGAAGAGAACCUGGAACUCCGAGACUUGCCCAAGUCAAUCAUUCCAGAACCGUCGUGGCAACAAGACGACACCAGAAUUGAUAUGAAUUGUACGGACGACGAAGAAGAAGAGUUUCCGCCCAGGUGGGAGAACUGGGAAGCGGAAAUGUUAGUGGGGCACACUAGCCACAACGAUCUCCACGCCGGCCCAGGGCUAUUGAGCCGAAGAUCUUUAGACGAAAAUAGUAUGUUCAUACACAGAGGACUUCAGGGGCGGAGGAGGUGUUUGUCGAUUGAUAACGUACCGUUUUCCAAUUCGAUAUUAAGAAAUUUUGGACAGUACGUCCGUUUAGGGGGCAGUUCGUCACAAACGUCUUCACCCGACAUACUUCCGACUAUAUCUAAGAGUUGUUUUUCGUUGGUAUCUCAGCCCGAAAAUUAG